CGGAUUAGAUUCUAUAACCGUUAUCAAUGGACCUUGUGGUUCCCUGCAUCCCCUGUGCUUCACUCCACCGGCAACUCUCUUCUCCUAAACGCAGCAUUUUUCCUUCCAUUUCCUUCAAAUGCCGACGGAAAACCACGUCAGAGCUCCGGACGCCGGUGAGCGUUACCAUCCCAAACGGCAACCUUUCUCCUCCUUCAAUUCUCACUCAUAAAGUCACUGUCCACGACAGAAAACAAGGUGUCGUUCACGAAUUUCUUGUUCCUGAGGACCAGUACAUAUUACAUACGGCUGAAUCCCAAAACAUUGCACUUCCAUUCGCUUGCAGGCACGGUUGCUGUACUAGCUGCGCCGUACGUGUAAAGUCUGGAGAAAUCAGACAGCCUGAAGCUCUUGGGAUAUCUGCUGAAUUGAAAGCAAAGGGAUAUGCACUUCUAUGUGUGGGGUUUCCGUCGUCUGAUCUUGAAGUGGAAACACAAGAUGAGGAUGAGGUGUACUGGCUUCAAUUUGGAAGAUAUUUUGCUCGAGGACCAAUUGUAAGCCCUGACUUCCGAAAAAAAUUGUACAUACUAAUAUGCAACAAGUAGUAGUUAAAGACAAAAGCGUGUUAUUGAAGUGGAAAAGGAGCUGAGCUGAUGCACAGCUAUUGUUUCUUCAGGAUUUUAAUGCUUAAUUCUCAUAACUUUUUUAAGUGAUCUUAAAAUUCUAUGUGUUGAACGUUGGCAGGAAAGGGAUGACUAUGCAUUGGAGAUAGCCAUGGGUGAUGAAUAAGCUGAAGUUGAGCAUAAACCAUGUAAAGCUCGCUGCGGAUUCCUUAUUUUGCCAUUUUAUAACAAUGUUUCCAAUUUUACCCCCACUAAAGUACCAUGAUUAUGACUCAGUGAAUUGGACGUUGUUGACUUCUUAAGUUACAUGUGUGAAUUUCUUCAAUUUAUAUUUUCUUUGUGCCAAUUUAUCAUUUUCAGCAGUUUUGUUGCCAUACUACAUAAGGUCGCAGUUAAUUAUAUCUGUCAUAAUCCAUAAUAGAUCAUUUGCAUGUACAUAACCUUUCUAAUGGUUCUUGGUACAGUAAUCUCGACAUAGCCAGCAUCUUCAAAGUGAGGAUAGAUUGGGAGUGAGAGAUAAUGCAAGGUUGUCCAAGUGUAUGCUGAAGCUGUUGUUGUUUGAAGAAAUUCCAACGAUGUGUAAGCCAUCUGAGAUUCCGCCGGCUAUGCCAGUUGGAGGCUCCACCUGAUCUUUUCAUAAUUUGGACCGCCAUUUAUUAGGAAAAUGCUGAACAAAGUACCCUGAAUCGUGAAUUCCACCCAUUGACACUGAGCACAUUUUCUAGACAACUAUAACCUUCAAGAAAUGGAGGAAAACAAUCUUCAAGAAAUGAAGGCGGAAUCCAUAUUUCAAGUUUUUGAUACAACCACCAAAAAGUCUUACUAUGGCCCUCCAAUUGUGUUUGUUCUAAUGAAAAUUUGUUGAUUAUGAUCCAUUAAAAUAAGUUUUUGCCCUUUUUAUGUCCUCUGAUC